CAAAUGAAAAAAAUGUGUGAAAAGGACUUGUUGAUUGGAGCUCAUUAUCAACACCGCUUAAUCCUUUUAUUAGACAUUGAAUUAGAGCAGGCUAAGGUGUCCAUUCUUCCAAGUGGGUUCUAGCGAUUGAACUCGAUACUGCCCGCUUUCCGAGGAUUGUUUGUGCACGUCGAGCAUUGGGGAGUGUGCAUCGCAUUGCAUCGGCGAUUUCCCUAGGGUUUGGUUCGAGAGAUUGUGGAGGUGGGUUUGGGGGGAAAGGCUUCGUGCAGUCCCAUAUUGGAAGAGUAUGUAGGAAUUUUCCUGAUCUGAAGAGAAACCCUAGAGAUGGUGAUGGAGGAGGUGUUCACUGCCUCAGCGCCGGCAGUGAACAUGCUGGAACAGAUCCGAACGCUUACGGAUGUUGGGGCCAUGACGCGGCUGCUGCACGAGUGCAUAGCUUAUGAGAGGAGCAUUGACAACGAGCUGGAGGCGCUGCUGGAGGAGCGGCAUGGGCUGGAGAAGAAGCUCGGGGGGUUGUAUCAGUCUGCGGAGGUGCUAGAGUUUGUGAGAUCGGAUGCUGAGCAGAUGUUGCGGAGUGUGUCGUCGACUUGCGAUUUAGCGGAUCACGUGAGUGGCAAAGUUAGGGAGCUGGAUCUGGCGCAGUCGCGAGUGCAAACGACGCUUGCGAGGAUUGAUGCUAUAGUGGAUCGCACCAAUUGCAUCGAUGGGGUGAAGCAGGCUUUGGAGGUUGAAGAUUACGAGACGGCCGCCAAAUAUGUGGAGACGUUUUUGCAGCUCGAUUCGGAGUUCCACGAGUCUGCUCCGGGUUUGGGCAACGCCCCCGGGAGGGAGACUGAGAGUGAGCAGCGAAGGCAGUUGUUUGAGUCGAAACAGAAGUUAGAGGCCAUUUUUCGAAAGAAGCUCGCGGCAGCCGUUGAAUCCAAGGAUCACGACAAUGUGGUGCGAUUUGUGAAGCUGUAUCCUCCUUUGAGAUUACAGGAGGAAGGGCUUCGUUCCUAUGUAGCUUAUUUGAGGAAGGUGGUUGCUAUGCGAGCGCGUGGCGACUAUGAAGUUUUGAUCGAGGCUUUGGGAUCCACAGAUGGGGGGCGAGGUGCAGGAACAGCGGAUUUUGUUGGAAUUUUGAACAACAUUUUUAAGGAUAUUGCGUUUGCGGUAGAGGAGAACGAAGACCUUUUAUUUGAUUUGGCGGGGGAAGAAGGAGUUGCUUUGGCUUUGGUGGAGCUUCAGGAGGAAUGCGAUGCAAGGGGUUCUUUAAUCAUCAAGAAGUACAUUGAACAGAGAAAGCUUCUGAAGCUUACAAAAGAUAUUGCUGCCCAUUCUAAGCAUGAUAUGAAUUUCGACAUGAAUUUAUUGGCUGUUGCUGCCCCCCCAGAAGGACCGGAUCCACGAGAGAUCGAAGUUUGUUUGGAGGAGAUGAUGCUGUUGAGUCAGACAAGUGAGGACUAUUUCCACUUCAUGAGCACAAAGAUGAAAGAGGCUGGGGCUACAAGCGGGCAACUGAGCCCGAGGGAAUCUAACAGUUUCAAGGCUGGAAGCUUUGGCCUCUCAGUGCAGGAGUUGGUAGGGUACUACAUUAUUCUGGAGGAGUAUUUCAUGAGCGAGAACGUGAAGAAGGCUAUCCAGAUUGACGAGCUUGUGGCAGACGGGAUGACUACUUCUAUGGUUGAUGACGUUUUUUACGUCCUGCAGAGCUGCACGAGGCGAGCGAUCUCGACCUCCAGUCUACUAUCUGUGCAGCAGAUCAUUAACCACACUGGUUCUUUGCUAAACAACGAUUUCAGCGAGGCUUUGCAACGCAAGAUUCGGGAACCAAGUCUGUUUCUGAAGCUAUUUUCUCAAGGAGUAGCCGUGCAGAAGGCGGGCGCUGAGGUCUCCGCAGCUCUGAACAACGUUGAUGUUAGUGCGGAGUAUGUUGUGAAGCUUAAGCAUGAUAUUGAGGAGCAUGCUUUUGAGACACUCAUAGCACCUGGAGAAAGGGAGAAGGUGAAAUCUGCUCUUCGGGAACUAGAGGACAUUGGAAACCGUUACAGGCACAUUGGAAAUCAAGGAUUGGAGCAAUUGGCCAACAGCAUUGUACCGAGAUUGCGAAAUCUUUUAGACGUGGUCGGAACUGUAAGCUAUGAAUUAACAGAAGCUCAGUAUGCUGAGAAUGAGGUGAAUGAUCCAUGGGUACAGAAGCUAUUGCACGCAGUUGAUGUCACAGUGACUUGGCUGCAACCACUUCUGACAACAAGCAAUUAUGACUCGCUGGUGCAUCUGAUAAUUGAUACCUUAGUGAAACGUCUGGAGGUUCUAAUGAUGCAAAAGAGGUUCAAUCAACUCGGAGGUCUUCAGUUGGACCGAGAUGCUCGUACACUGGUUGGUCAUUUCUCAGCCAUGACUCAACGAACAGUCCGUGACAAAUUUGCUCGUCUUACACAGAUGGCUACGAUCCUGAACUUGGAAAGGGUGUCGGAGAUUCUAGAUUAUUGGGGUGAGAACUCCGGUCCAAUGACAUGGCGCCUCACUCCUACUGAAGUGCGCCGCGUGCUUGGACUCCGGGUUGAUUUCAAGCCUGAAGUAAUAGCGGCUCUCAAGUUGUAGAUUUCUAGCCCACCAUGUUAUGCAAGCCCUUUCAAUUGCUGGCGUUGAAUUUAAUAUUUGUUCAAAAUCAGGCAUUAUGAAAAAUAAUGAUACUACUAAUAACAAUAACUAUGAUGGUGUUAAGUGCAA